AUGGGAAAUGGGAAACGGGUAAGCUUUUGGCAUGAUUGGUGGACGCCUUUUGGACCGCUCAUCAACUUCCUGGGGCCAACGGGACCAAGUCAAACUGGCAUCCCUCUACACUAUUCUGUAGCCAUGGCAUGCUCCCAGAGGUCAUGGAGGCUAAGACCAGCCCGAUCGCCACAAGCAGAGCAACUGCACAUUCAAUUAACAACAGUGCAACUUCCAGCUUCCACAAACGAACUGGACUCAUUCCUCUGGCAAACUAAAGGUGAACGCUCAAACAAAUUCAAUAUUCAGAAAACCUGGGAGGCUCUCCGUUACAGACAAGGGUCUGUACCGUGGUCAAAGCAAGUUUGGUACAAAGGCGCUAUCCCAAGACAUGCAUUUCUUCUGUGGAUCACUCAUCUAAACCAGCUCCCAACGAGAUCUAGAUUGGCUACCUGGGGAAUGCAGAUCGAUACAUCUUGUUGCAUAUGCGGGCUCUAUCCUGAAACUAGGGAUCAUCUAUUCCUCCACUGUGACUAUAGUGAGGUAUUAUGGGCUGAGGUUACAAAACGGCUAGGCUAUAGACCUUUUGUGUUUCAAACUUGGGAAGCUCUUUUGGCCUGGAUGGAUUGUUCAGACGCUAGUUCUACUCAAACGCUAAGGAGGCUAGUUUCACAGGCUGUUAUUUACGCCUUGUGGAAUGAAAGGAAUAACCGGCUGCACAAUAAUAACUUCACACCAUCACAUGUGCAAUUUAAGGUUCUGGAUAGACAAGUCAGAGACGCCAUUCUUGAAAAGGGUCAUAGGAAAAACUUCAAAUAUCUUUUGGGACAAUGGUUGAAGCACCUAUAG